AGAUUGCCAAAGUUACAGAUAGCUGGCUCAUCUACAGGUACUUCUUCAAGGUCAAGUAACCUGGUUUGGUUAUGAAAGUCCUCGUAGCUUCUGGGACUAUAUCAGAGUGGCGUGUCGGAAAGUUUCACAGAAUUGUAUCUGCAGCAUUGAAAAUAUGGAAAAUGUCAGCUCCUCUAGAGCUAAGGGUAGAGCCUGGAUCAGAGUAGCACUCAUGGAAAAACAUUUAUCUGAAUACAUCUCUACAGCUCUGAGAGACUUCAAAACAACCAGGAGAUUUUAUGAAGAUGGAGCAAUUGUGUUGGGGGAGGAGGCAAAUAUGCUGGCUGGCAUGCUACUUGGACUCAACGCCAUUGAUUUCAGCUUCUGCCUAAAGGGAGAGGGACUGGAUGGUACCUUUCCUGCUGUGAUAGACUAUACACCAUAUUUGAAGUUUGAACAAAGUUCUGAUAGCAUCAGCAGUGAUGAGGAGGAGCUCAGGACUUUCGGAAGCAGUGACAGUGAAAGCAGCACUCCAGAGAACGUGGGACCUCCUCUCAUCAUGGAUGAGAACAGCUGGUUCAACAAGUGUAAGAGAGUGAGGCAAAAGUAUCAACUUACCCUAGAACAGAAGGGUUAUCUUGAAGAACUCUUACGACUUCGAGAGAACCAACUGUCUGAAACUGUCUCCCAGAAUAAAAUACUACUUCAAAGGAUUGAAGAUUCUGAUCUGGCCCAUAAAUUGGAGAAAGAACAAUUAGAAUAUAUAAUUGUGGAACUUCAAGAUCAGCUGACUGUGCUAAAGAAUAAUGAUUUAAGAUCAAGACAAGAGUUAACUGCCCACCUCACCAACCAGUGGCCUUCCCCAGGAGCUCUGGAUGUCAAUGCUGUUGCCUUGGAUACGUUGCUUUACCGAAAACACAAUAAACAGUGGUAUGAGAAAAGUUAUCAAAGUCUUGACCAGUUAUCAGCAGAAGUUAGCCUUUCUCAGACUUCAUUAGAUCCAGGCCACUCACAAGAAGAAGAUGGAAAACAAGACACAUUAAAUUUAAUCAGUGAAGGUAAAGAAGAUACUCCCUCACUACUUGGUCUCUGUGGGUCUCUAACAUCAGUGGCAAGUUACAAGUCUCUAACAAGUCUUAAAUCUAAUGACUACCUUGGAAGUCCUACAACAGAGAUGACAAGUCCAGGCCUCACUCCAUCCUGAAAAACUUUCCAUGAAAGCCAAAAGUUUCUAUAUUGUAAAUGUUCAAUUUACAUAAGUUUGACUGCUGGGAAGACCUUUGAAAUUUUAUAUUGUUCUGGUACAUGUCUGGAAUUCUAUUGCUUAGAGAGUUCAGUCCACUCUAUGUAAACUUCUGAGGUAAAAACAUAAUGGUCCUGCUAUUUUUCUUUUAAAUAAUCUUGUAUUUGUCACAGGAAGUUUAAAAUUGAAUAGGCUUUUAAAAACUUUCAAAGAUUCUCCAAAUUGAUAAUUAAUUGCAAAUUGUUCAUAGUUAUUAUUCAACUGAUUUUUAUAUAUUUAUUUAAAUGUAUCUUAGUGGCCAGAGACUGAGUUCAAGGUUUUAUUCCAGAAAUGUAAGCUAAGUAUUUGCUUUCACUC